AUGAAUGGAUUUAAAGAGAACAAAGAUUCUACUUUAAAUAGUAAACGAGUUUCAUCCUUUGCUGCUCGUUUAGCUAUGGAAUUCCCAAGCAACCAAAGUUCUAGUUAUGAUCCUUUAGUAUCAUGGAUAUCAGCUGUUCGUGAAAACUAUUCUGAAAAUGCAUUAGGAAGUUCAGAUAAUGAUAAACAAAACAAUGAUGCGAACUGUGAGGCUUUGGUCGUAUUUAAUGAUGAACCAAAAGAGACUAGAUAUUCUUUUUCGACUGGCUGUGCUCGUUUAUCGUAUAUGAAAUCCAAUGGCAAGCAUAAGGAUUCUUUGAAUUCAAACGAUACUCAUGCGAAUACUAUUAAUCGUAUACCGACCAGGUCAGUGUCUGACAAAGCACUACGUGCCAAGUCAGAUAUUCAAUAUCCAUUACGAAAUUCAAAGCCAUCGGACGCCGAAGAGAAGGAAAACAUAGGCUCAGUGGAAAUAAUUGAACUGCAAUCAGACGAUGAGGAGCUAAGUAGCCACUCUCCAGAAAUUAUGAGCGACGCAGAAAGCUGCAGGAUUUCACUAAUGGAUGGUUUAUCGAGCAUGGAAAACGGAUAUCCAGUUGAUGAUCAAGGAACUUUCAUUGAUGUUGAACCACUUCGUUACAAUCCAAAUGAUGAUCUGAAGGAGCAAAUAAGUUAUUAUCAAGAUUAUACCGACAAGUACUUACUCAAUGAAACUAUUAUGAACUGGGAAGAAAGAGAACCUACAAUUACGGAAGUUUUAUCGAGAAAAUACUUAGAGGAUCUUGCCAGUCGUGACCAUCGCAGUGGUAACAAACCAUUUUUUUUUACUUGA